AGACCCAGAAGCAAGUCAAGUAAUUAGUAGUGAUUCGAAAAUUAUACGGCGCUUAUCUGAUGAGGCGGAAGAUGAAUAUAACCAUUAUAUGGAGCCAGUAAAACGUAUGGAGGGAACAACAAUCACCACCACAAAUUUAUCAUCCUGA